AUGAAUAACAACAAUCGCACCAUGAAUAUGAACGCUCCUGCCCCUCCUCCCCCUCCUCCUGCUGGUCGAGAUGGUAAGGGUGGUGGUGGCGGCCCUGACCGCGGAGGCAUCAAAAAAGUACGUUUACUCAUGCUAGAAGCAGCAGAAAUCAACACGGCUAACCUUCAUGGUCAGAGGAAUCGCGGCCUGAGAUGCCCCUGCUGCAAAAAACGGGGACACAAGGAAAACCAGUGCCAUGAGUACAGGUACCGCCUCUCUGCUGGAAAGCAGUACAUGCCCCAAUACCAAGAAAGAGUGGCCAAUCGGGGUCGCGGUCGUGGUCGUGGCGGUCGUGGCGGUCGUGGCGGUGGUAGUGGUGGUGGUGCACACCACGGCCAGCAGGCCCCUCCUGCCCCCGGUCACCAGGCCCCAGAGGCUCGGACUCCCCCAGCCGAAAACGCCCAAGAACAGGGCAAUCAAGCCCCGGCUGGCCCGACUCCUGAUGUGGAGGAUCAGGUCCUCACUCUCCUGGAGGGGAUGAGUGACGAUGCCAGAUCCCGCCUCAUAAACCGAAUCCAACUGGCAGUGCUGCCAGGCAGGGAGGCAAAUAAGGAGAGCGACCAUGCCAUGGGCUAA